AUGAUCGAAAGAGGUCUCGAUCAAGAAGUUAUGACCGAAAUAGAGAAAGUUGGUCAAGAUAUAAUCGAGGCAAUGAAGAUAGCUAUUCAAGAAGUUAUUAUCGAAGGAGUAGAGAUAGUCGAUCAAAAAGUUAUGAUCGAAGAGAUAGAGAUAGUCGACCAAGAAGUUAUGAUUGAAGAAAUAGAAAUAUUACCUAUUUCUAAAGAACCAUACUUAGAUAGACAAGUUGAAAAAAAUCAAAUUUCUUCAAUCAUGCAAGGUAAAGAAAUUCAAAAGCUAUUUAAAGAAUUUCUUAACCAAAAAUUGAAUUCGGAUAAUAUAAGUUUAUAUAUAGAUAAGGAAGAUUUAUUAGGCCAAAAUCAUUCAAGACCUCAAGAACGAUCAAGUCAAAAAUCACUAAGACGAUCAAACCAAGGUUAUUCCCAAAUUCAAGAUCGAACUAGUCCACAAGAAGGUUCAAGUUCUUCGAAUGUUAGGUUUAAAUAUUUAGAUCUUACUGAUCUUCCAGAUAACCUUCUAGCUGCUUUAAGAAAACGAAAAAAUAGAGCUAAUACAAUCGAGUAUUUAGUUACUAUUACUUCAAAAACUGAUGAGGAAAAUCCUACUGGAGAACAGAAAGUUAUUGUAAAGGAUUUGAAAUGGCGCUCUGAUACUACACCAGAUUGGACAAUUAGUGGAUAUGAAGGAUCAUUGAAGACAGCCAUACAAAAUGCCUGUGCUGAACGAUCUUCAUCUGUGCUUCCUCAAUGA